AUGAAGAUGACGACGAUGGACUACGUAGAAGAGGAACCUCUCAGCCCAUUGGCGCGUGUAUUCCAAUCGCCGCUCAUAGAUACUUGCAUUAUCACGAUGAUCGGUUUCAAAUCGAAGAUUAGUCCUGACGUCAUUCUUGAUGACUUGAGGCUUAACGUUUCUAAGCAUCCUCGUUUCUGCAGUAAAUUGUCAGAUAAUGGUGCAAGAUGGGUGAAGACCGAAGUCAUUGUGGAAGACCAUGUACAUGCACCCGAAAUAGAUCCACAAGAGGUCAACGAAGAUGGACAAAGAUUCGUUGACGACUACGUCUCGCGUCUAACAAUGAUUCCUCUAGAUAGAUCAAGACCAUUGUGGGACAUUCACAUCCUCAACGUCAAAACAAAUGACGCAGAAGCUGUCGGCGUGAUAAGAUGUCACCAUGCAUUGGCGGAUGGAAUGUCCUUGAUGUGUCUCUUGGUGGCGUGCACCCGGAAAUCAUCAGAUCCCGAGGCCUUUCCGUCCACUCUUGCCAUAAAACGUCGUGGACAUUUUUUGCCGCAAAGCCUUGGAAACAAAAGCGAUCUAUUAAGGUCAAUAUUCGCGAUUCAUCAUGCGUUGACAUUGAUUUGGAACACCGUUGUGGAUCUUCUGCAUUCUUGGGCGACUGUAUUGUUCUUGAAGGAUACAGAGACCCCUCUUAAACAGGGUGGUCGUGUCGAGAAUAAACUAAAGAGGUUUUAUCACCGAACUAUCUCACUGGAUGAUAUUAAACUUAUAAAAAACGCUAUGAACAUGACUAUCAACGAUGUUCUUCUUGGAGUUACACAAGCAGCACUUUCUCGCUAUCUGAACGGAAGAUAUGGCAACGCAGAUGUUGAGAGUGGAGCAUCGACAUCGGAUCAGAACAACCUUCCAGGUGGAAUACGACUUCGAGCAGGUGUUGCAGUAAAUUUAAGGAAGGAGAUCGGAAUUAAGGUAGCAGCAGUGUUAUUCAAGAGAUUACAGUCGAAUACAACGACAUUCUUUUCAAACAUCGCUGGCCCCGUUGAAGAAGUAAGUUUACACGGCAAUCACAUCGCUUACAUCGCUCUCAGCUGCUAUGGAAACUCACAGGCAUUGUGGAUACAUUUCAUAAGUUAUGGGAAGAAAAUGAUUAUAUCGAUGGCGGUGGAUCCAACGGUAAUACCAGAUCCUCACAAUCUUUGUGAUGAAAUGGAAGAGGCUUUGAAAGCUAUAAAAGACACUCUUUUCUUGUAA